CAGAAGCGAAGCUCAUAUGCGGCUCAUUCGACCAGCGGACACAGAGGCAGGGGAUUGAGAGCUGCUCAGGGGUUCAUGUUCUAAGCCGGGUUUUCAUUAUAUUAAGGAAUGAGCUAAAGAGAUAUUAUUAAUGACGGCCGCUCAGGAUAGAUUAGUUUGAAGCGCCAGACACCGGUUCGGCUCAAAACGUUAUUUAGGGUUGCGGUGAAGUAACGUUAGCUUAGCAUAACUCUUAGCUCGGAUACACUCCCCGGCGCUGUGCUAAUUCAGUCCUUAGUUAUCGACUUCCUUAAGAGCUGAACGUGUUGCCUGUGCGCGUCUUUACGGAGGAACUGAAAGAACAGUAACAGCUCCCGGUGUGUGUGUGUGCGCGCGCGCAGGUCUCACACAGACCAUCCCGUCCAUAAUGGAGAACGCUCACACUAAAACGGUGGAGGAGGUCUACAGUUAUUUCAGCGUGAAUGAAAGUACCGGACUGGGCCUCGAUGAAGUCAAACGCCAGCGAGAGAAAUGGGGACCGAACGAGCUGCCUGCAGAAGAAGGCAAGUCGUUGUGGGUGCUGGUGAUCGAGCAGUUCGAGGAUCUCCUUGUCAGGAUUCUUCUUCUGGCAGCGUGUAUAUCGUUUGCACUGGCCUGGUUCGAAGAGGGUGAAGAAACCAUCACGGCUUUUGUGGAGCCUUUUGUAAUAUUGUUAAUUCUUAUAGCCAAUGCCAUCGUCGGUGUUUGGCAGGAGCGAAACGCAGAAAAUGCCAUCGAGGCCCUCAAGGAGUACGAGCCAGAGAUGGGAAAAGUGUAUCGACAGGACAGGAAGAGCGUGCAGAGGAUCAAAGCCAGAGACAUUGUUCCUGGGGAUAUUGUGGAAGUGGCCGUGGGUGACAAAGUUCCUGCAGAUAUCCGCCUCACUUCUAUCAAAUCCACUACGCUGCGAGUGGACCAGUCCAUUCUGACAGGAGAGUCUGUAUCAGUGAUUAAACACACAGAUCCAGUGCCUGAUCCGCGGGCUGUAAACCAGGACAAGAAGAACAUGCUGUUCUCCGGCACAAACAUCGCCGCCGGGAAGGCCGUGGGCGUCGUGGUGGCCACGGGCGUGAACACUGAAAUCGGCAAGAUCCGCGACGAGAUGGCUUCCACCGAGCAAGAGCGGACGCCGCUGCAGCAAAAGCUGGACGAGUUCGGAGAGCAGCUUUCCAAAGUCAUCUCUCUCAUCUGUGUCGCCGUGUGGAUCAUCAACAUCGGCCACUUUAACGACCCCGUGCACGGUGGCUCUUGGAUCCGUGGCGCCGUCUACUACUUUAAGAUCGCCGUGGCUCUGGCCGUAGCCGCCAUACCCGAAGGGCUUCCCGCCGUCAUUACUACCUGCCUCGCGCUGGGCACUCGCCGCAUGGCUAAGAAGAACGCCAUCGUGCGCUCGCUGCCCUCGGUAGAAACGCUGGGCUGCACUUCGGUUAUCUGCUCAGACAAGACCGGCACUCUCACCACCAACCAGAUGUGUGCGUUUCAGAUGUUCAUCAUUGACAAAGUCCAGGGAGAUAACUGCUCUCUCAAAGAGUUCACCAUUACUGGCUCCACAUACGCUCCUGAAGGACAAGUGUUCCAUGAUGGGAAACCAGUGAAAUGCUCCAAGUAUGAUGGUCUGGUUGAGAUGGCUACAAUCUGUGCCCUGUGCAAUGACUCCUCUCUGGACUAUAACGAGGCCAAAGGAGUGUAUGAGAAGGUUGGAGAGGCAACAGAAACGGCUCUCACAUGUCUGGUGGAGAAGAUGAACGUGUUCGACAAUGAUCUCAAGUCUCUUACCAAGAUUGAACGAGCCAACGCCUGCAACUCUGUUAUUAAGCAGCUGAUGAAGAAAGAAUUCACACUGGAGUUCUCGCGGGACAGGAAGUCCAUGUCCGUGUACUGCACCCCCAACAAGGCGCGCUCUGCUCUCGGCAAGAUGUUUGUCAAGGGUGCACCAGAGGGAGUGAUUGACAGGUGUACACACAUCCGUGUGGGCAGUAAUAAGGUUCCCUUGACGCCAGGCAUCAAGGAGAAGAUCCUGAGCGUAAUUCGCGAGUAUGGGACAGGACGGGACACGCUGCGUUGCCUGGCCCUUGCCACACGGGACAACCCGAUCAGCAAAGAAGAGUUUCAGCUGGAGGAUUCGUCUUGCUUUGUCCAGUAUGAGACUGAUCUGACAUUCGUGGGUUGUGUGGGCAUGCUGGACCCUCCCAGAGCCGAGGUGGCAGCCUCCAUCAGACUAUGUCGCCUGGCCGGCAUCCGGGUCAUCAUGAUUACCGGUGACAACAAGGGCACGGCCGUGGCUAUCUGCAGGCGCAUCGGUAUCUUCAAGGAAAACGAUGAUGUUUCACGCAUGGCUUUCACAGGCCGCGAGUUUGACGACCUGUCGCUGGCGGCGCAGCGCGAAGCCGUGCUCACUGCCCGCUGUUUUGCUCGCGUCGAGCCUUCGCAUAAAUCCAAGAUUGUGGAGUACCUCCAGUCUUAUGAUGAGAUCACAGCCAUGACUGGCGAUGGCGUAAACGAUGCCCCUGCACUGAAGAAGGCAGAAAUAGGCAUUGCGAUGGGCUCAGGCACGGCUGUGGCUAAGACGGCUUCUGAGAUGGUACUGGCUGAUGAUAACUUCGCCACCAUCGUUGCAGCCGUGGAGGAAGGGCGAGCCAUUUACAACAACAUGAAGCAAUUCAUCCGCUACCUCAUUUCCUCCAAUGUGGGAGAGGUGGUUUGCAUUUUCUUGACUGCGGCUCUGGGAUUUCCCGAGGCGCUGAUCCCGGUGCAGUUGCUGUGGGUUAACUUGGUGACGGACGGUCUUCCUGCUACAGCCCUUGGCUUCAACCCUCCCGAUUUGGAUAUCAUGAGUAAAGCCCCUCGCAACGCCAAGGAACCACUCAUCUCCGGCUGGCUCUUUUUCCGAUACCUGGCUAUUGGCUGCUACGUUGGUGCCGCCACAGUUGGAGCUGCUGCUUGGUGGUUUAUUGCUGCUGAAGACGGACCAAGAGUCAACGUCUAUCAUCUGAGUCACUUUCUCCAGUGUGGACCGGAGAACCCAGAGUUUAAGGGCAUUAACUGUGAGGUGUUUGAGUCACCUUAUCCAAUGACCAUGGCCCUGUCUGUGCUGGUCACCAUCGAGAUGUGCAAUGCUCUCAACAGUGUGUCAGAGAACCAGUCUCUGCUGCGCAUGCCCCCGUGGGAGAACGUAUGGCUGCUGGGAGCCAUCUGCCUCUCCAUGUCCCUUCACUUUCUCAUCCUCUAUGUGGAGCCUCUGCCGAUGAUCUUCCAGAUCACGCCGCUGAACGUAACCCAGUGGCUGAUGGUUCUGAAGAUUUCGCUGCCCGUCAUCCUGCUGGAUGAGGUGCUAAAGUUUGUAGCCAGGAAUUACCUCGAACCCGGUAAAGAUUUGGACACGCCCCCGAGAAAAUCAUGCUUGCUCAGCGCCUGCACCGAGGGCAUCUCCUGGCCGUUCGUGGCUCUCUCACUCCCCCUGGUGCUCUGGAUCUACAGCAUCGACACUAACCUGGCUGAAAUGUUCUGGUCCUGACUCAUCUGAGCACAGAAACACAACCCACCAUCACCCCAACCCCCACUUUCCUCUCACUCACUGUGUAGAUAGAAAGAAUGUGUGUGUGUGUAUGUAUAUGCGUGAUCGUGUGCCCAAGCACCAACGAACGUGCACGAGGAAGGCCGCGUCAACACAAACAUAACAAUAAUAUAAUAAAUGUAACAGAUCUUUUUUUUUUUUUUUUUUUUAAACUAGCGGGUGUGGAGGGGACCACAUAGAGCUGAAGUCUUUAAGUAUUAAUGACCAUUAUUAUUAUUGUUAUUAUUAUUAUUCCCACAUCCGUGGAUGUUCUGCUGGUUUGGUCUUAAAACGAUAAUUUUUUUGUUGUUUUGCUUACAUUUUUUUUUUUUUUUUUAGUUGAUCAGUUUUUAACAAUUUGCAUUUCAAACAAACAGAAAUACUAAAUUCAGUUGCUUUUUUUUUUUUGUGUCCUCCCUUUUCAGCGCAUGAAGAAAAGCUCUACGAUGUGUACCAAGUUUGAACACUAUUUUAUAGAAAUCAUGGGGUUUUUUUUUGGUCCGUGUUUAAAAAAAAAAUUCUAAUAUUAAAAAAAAAAAAAAAAUCUGAUGUGACUUAACAAGGGGUUAAGUUUAGGCAGCCGGUUAACUUUUUCCCCCCAAAAUAUUUCUCCUGUAAAUUUCCAUAAAGCCGUAACACACACAAAGGCGAGUCAUUUCCAUUCUGGAGUAAGGAUGCAUCGAUAGGGAAAAAAACUAACAAACAAAAAAAAAACAUAAAGGAUUCAGGUAGUUUAUGAAAAUGCACAAAUUUGUCAAAAAAUAAAAAAAGUACAAGAACAGAAUCCAGUUUGAGCAUCCUACACAGCUGCCUAAACAUAGCCGGAGAGACUAGGAAAGCUGUUUACAUUUGUUUACCGUGUCCAGUGUGAAUGUUUGACUGGUUCAGAGCAGGGGGCACAGGAGUAUAGGACUUUGUGGGUGGGUGGGUGUGAAUGCAUUGACUAAAUCAGAUCUCCAAAUGGAAGCUGCAUGUUGUGUAUCCUGCAUGUGGGUUUUCAUUUAUUUGUCUGUCUUCCCCUUUGUACAAUAACCUCAGUUUUUGUUGUUUUCCUUAUUAAUUUUUUUUUUUUUGUAAGUAAGUAACACCUUAACUAUUAAAGCCAGUUUUUCUGCACUGGGCAGAGCACAGCUACCUCAAUACAGUCUGAUUAGUUUUUCACCUCACUGAGCUUUUACACAUCCUGUGUUUAAACCUUGUUGCUUUGAGGUGUGCCCCUCUUGGCUUGUGCAGAAAAAAAAAUAUAUAUCGAAAAAUACUGUCCCGGAUAUUUUUUGUUUUUGUUUUAAAAAUGCUUUGUUUUCCUUUUUUUGUAUUUUAUAAUUGAUUUGACUUGUAUUAACUUAAUUUAGAAGUGUUUGAGGUAGGGUGGGAGGGGGAAAGGGAGGCCUGGAUGUAAAUGUCACUAUGGACGGCGUAGGAGACGUAAAGAAAAGAAAAACGCUAUAGGUUUAUUAAUUCGUGCGUUCCGAUCAUCGAUUUUAUGAUGCAAAACCAAAAUGUUUCACUCUCCCUAUUUUUUUUUUCUUUUCUACUUCCAGAAAAUACACUCAUGGACCAUUUGAAUUACAACAAA